AUGAAUCUCCCGUCGUCAACAGCCACACAGACUUCGGUGACGUCAACUUCGGCGUCGGACGAUGCAGUGGAGGAUUCCACCGAGAUAUGCGAUGAAUGCGGCAGCCGAGAUGCCUGGGUGAUACACUCAGCGCGUGUCCGUGGCACCCUCCGCUUUCUCUGCACCCAUUGCCUCCUCCGCCUCCAGCCGGGGUCAUUCUGUCCCAUCUGCUUCGCCUUCUACGAUUCUUCUCCGCCGCAUCCUUCCCGCCGCGUCUCCUGCACCAAGUGCAUCUCCCUGACUCACACCCAAUGCGCCGGCGACGCAAACCCCUCUUCUUACGUCUGUCCUCCUUGCCGGGACGAUUCCUUCUCCUUCUUCCGACUUAUCAUCGACAGCGACGGCGGCCGCUCCGUCGACAAAUCCCUGUCGGAAGCCUUUCUAUGCGCCGCCAAGAUCGCUGCAUCGUCCAUGAACAAGGCCGUCACCGCCGCUAAAUGCGAAGCUGAACGGAGAGGAAGAGAAGCCGCGGUGGCGAGAAAGAGAGCACGCGAGGCUCUUGAGGACGUGGUCAAGCUGGAGGCGAAGGAGAAGGCAAGGCUGGCCAUUCCAAAGCCUAAAGAAGCCUCCGUGGAGGUCUCCGCUAGUCGAGAUCAGAAACCAAAGAUGAGUCCCGCAUCGAAUGGCGCUGCGAAAGAGACAGAGAGCCCCGCCACCACCAGCAGUUCGGGUCAACGCAAGAAACAGAGUCCGGGAGUGCAAAUGGCUAGAGUUAAGCAGGAGAGUGAUGCUUCUUCUAAGUGA